UUAGCUCCUACAUUCUCAUUCUUCCUUUAUCUUUCUCUCUCUCAAGGUUCCAGCUGAUGUGAUUCUCCACUAUAGCUCCCAAAACCACACACCCUUUACAAAAGAGAAGGAGCCAUGGUUUUUUCUUCAAUUCCAGCUUAUCUUGAUCCAUCCAAUUUGCAUCAGCCACAAAAUCAUCAUAUAAUUGGCACAAACCACCAUCUACUCUCACCUCAGCAGCCGGAGGGGGCAGCGCAGGCGCAGCCUUCCCCGCCUCCUGCGCAGCCCCAUGGCGGAUCGAUCCGGCCAGGCACGAUGUCGGAGCGGGCUCGCAUCGCGAACGUGCCGAUGCCGGAUUCAUCCCUAAAAUGCCCUCGGUGCGAAUCCACCAACACCAAAUUCUGCUACUUCAACAACUACAGCCUCUCUCAGCCGCGCCACUUCUGCAAGACCUGCCGCCGCUACUGGACCCGCGGCGGCGCCUUGAGGAACAUCCCCGUGGGGGGAGGCUGCCGCCGCAACAAGCGCAGCAGCAAGUCCAAGGCCUCCCCGGCGAGCGACGAUCGCCAGACUACCACCUCCACAUCCACCAGCGGCAUGUCGCCGCAGUUCCCACCUCUUCGGUUCAUGUCGCCGCUGAGUCAACUCACCGACAACUUCGCCGGAAACAUGGGCUUGAACUACAGCCUGCCGAUGGGAUUCAACGGCGGCGGAGGAGGGAUGGCUUCGCUUCUGUCCAGCGUUAGUGGCGGCGGAGGUGGAAUUGAGCCGUGGCGGCUGCAGCAGCACCCUUUCUUCGGUGGUUUCGAGGCGGAGAAUUACCAAUUCCACGGCGGCGAGUCAGGGUUUCUGAACAACGAAGCGAGUCGGGUUAAGUUUUCGAGCUCGCUGUUGAGUCAGCUAGCGUCGGUGAAAAUGGAGGAAAACCCUAAUAUUUCAAGGCAAUUGAUGGGAGGAAUUGCUGGAAAUGGAAAUGAAAGAUGGAAUUCCAACACGAAUUGGACAGAGCUCUCCAAUUUCAGUGCUUCUUCGACGAGCACUCCAUUGUAAUGAUCUCGAAAAUUGUUCUAUUAAGAGAGAGAAAGGCAGGAGAAGAUUGAAAUUUGAAGAAUGAUGAUGAUGGCUAUGUUCGGCUGAAAAAGCCCUAGAAAUUGGUAGGUUUUAAAUUUUUUAUUUUUUUUUCUCUGGUUUGUUUUGGGGAUCAUCAAAUUUUAUUUUGUAGCGUAAAAUGCCUACUAGCUCUGUACUGACUGAGAUUAAUGUUAAGAUGAAUGUGUGAUUUCUGUCA